AUGCUCACAAAGCUGUUGCGGCAUGCCCAUCCCCACUUGCAAGCGCGAUCCAGCUAUCAAUGGUCCUUAAGUGACGGCUCCCAACGUUACUGGAACAUGGAACAUGUUAGUAAGAACGCCGAUACUGGUAAGAGUUACCGCAAUGCGGGUGUACGCUGGCUCAAGGAGCGAGAUAUCCUUGAAGUCAUCCAAGCAGUAGUUACUGUCACACCUCCAACCCGGAUUCCGGACGUCGGGAUAACUGACCGGAACCACUUUGCCAUUGGACUUGAGUAUACAGAACAGUCCGUGGUGGCUGCAAACGAUCAUUUCUUGUCAAGAGAUAUCCCACUCAGUAGGCAUUCCAACCUGCCGGCCGCAAAUACUGACCAGGAUGCUCGAGGAACAAAAUCCAGCCUUUGA